UUGAAGACUCAUUCAAAGGAGGUAAAUAGUAAUGGAAUGGACUUGGAAGUGGACGUUUUGCUUAUCUCGCAUGUGGAGGAACGGUACAUUUGCAGGAACCAUGCUUUAAAGAACUUGAAACAACGUUUGAUGAACUGAGAUUUUUCAGGAUGUUACAUUUUUAAAGAAAAAUACAUUAUCCGAAAAAAACUAAGUUUCUUUGCCGGGCUUUAGACCGUCCAACUGGAUUAUACAAUGUUCAUAGAUAUUUUUAUUUUGUGUUUUUUAUCCGUCACCACACGCAUCGCAUCAUCUUUGGAGCUGCAACCUGGCAUGCUGAAUGUGUGCACAGAUCAGGAGCUGUCUAUGCUGGGGUCCAGCCAACCCUGUGUCCAGGCUUUUACCCGCAUGACCAAGGUGUGGCGGCAGGGCUGCACAGGCCACAGCUGGUGUAUGGGCUAUGAGAGGAGGACCACAUACUACACCGUCUACAGACAGUCGUACACCAUGGAGAGGCGCACCGUGUACAAGUGCUGCCCAGGCUGGAGGCACAAGGAUGGAGAGAAGGGCUGUUUGCAUAGGAUAUGUGCCCCUGAUACAUGCUUCAAUGGUGGGAGAUGUGCCGAGCUUGGAGACCAGAUAUGUCAGUGUCCAGGUGGCUUCCAAGGGACACGCUGCCAAUAUGAUGUGAAUGAAUGCGAGGGAAAUGCCAGCAGCUGUGAGGGCUACUGCUGCAACACCAUUGGCAGCUUCUACUGCAAGUGUCCCCAGGGAAGGAGACUGGGGCCGGACGGCAAGUCGUGUCAGGAUGUCAAUGAGUGUGAGGAGGUGAACGGGGGAUGCCAGCAGGUGUGCGUCAACACUCCUGGCUCUUAUCACUGUGAGUGCAGCCCUGGCUUCCGCAUGCACACGGACGGAAGGACCUGCAUAGCGGUGAACUCGUGUUCGGUGAAGAACGGCGGCUGUGAGUACAAGUGUGUGGACACGGGCAGCAACGUCUACAGAUGCGAGUGCCGCAAGAACUACCGGCUGACGACAGACGGGAAGCACUGUGAACUGGAGGAUCCCUGUGAGGAGGGGAAUGGAGGCUGCGCCCAGCUGUGUGACUCCCACGGUGCCCUGCCUCAGUGCAGCUGCAGACCUGGGUUCACGCUGUCUGGUGAUGGCAAGGGCUGCGAGGACGUGGAUGAAUGCAGGGUGGACCCGGCCAAGUGCUCCCAUGGCUGCGUCAACACGCCGGGCUCCUUCAUCUGUGUGUGUAACCCCGGAUUCGAACUGGGUGCUGAUGGCAAACAGUGCUACCGCAUUGAGAUGGAGAUCGUUAGCAGCUGUGAGAAGGACAACGGCGGAUGCUCCCAUCGCUGCGAGCACACCAAUGGCGGCCCUCUCUGCUCCUGUAACCACGGUUACCACCUGGAUCAAGACAGGAAGACCUGUCUGGACAGCGAUGAGUGUGUGAACGGGGAGAGCUGCUGCAGCCAGCUGUGCAGGAACUACCCGGGGGGCUACGAGUGCAGCUGCAGUGCGGGACACAGGCCGAGCCCAGACGGCUGCGGCUGCGACGUAGUGGACCAGUGUCUGUCCCAGACCGCCGGCUGUGAGCACUACUGCGUGAGCGCCUGGGGUUCGUACGAGUGUUUCUGCCGCCCGGGCUUCCGUCUGGAGCAGGACAAGCGCUCCUGCACGCCUCUUUACGGCAGGGAUUUCGGGGAGGAGGAAGACGAAGGAGAUGAGGUGGAUGAAGACGAGGAGGUCCACAGGGUUCCAGGCCUGCUGUUCCGUCGGCCUCCACAGCUCCUCCAGUACACAGCAGCCCUUCACUCACCGUACAGCGCCGACAGCGCCGACAGCGGCGGCGGCGGCCAUGGCGGCGAGGGCCAUGAUGACGAUUACGAUGACGACGAAGAAGCAGCUUCCGCGCAUGUGGGAGAACUCAGGCUGGUCAGCCAAAUAGUGUGCCUGGGGGGAUCCUUCGGGCCGGACUGUGGACUGAGCUGUGACGACUGCAUGAACGGGGCCGUGUGCAGUGCGGACAGAGACCGCUGUGACUGCACACCUGGAUGGACCGGGACCACCUGCAAUCAGACGUGCCCCCAGGGCACCUACGGCCAGGCCUGUAACGGUCUGUGUCGCUGUCAGAACGGCGGCUCCUGCGACCCAGGGACGGGUAGCUGUUUGUGCCCAACUGGAGUUCAAGGCCUGUUGUGUGAAGAUGGUUGUCCGAGCGGUCACUUUGGGCGGCUCUGUCUGAGGAAGUGCAACUGUCCCAACAACGGACACUGCCACCGUGUGUUUGGAUCCUGCUUGUGCUCGCCGGGACUGUACGGGCGGUUCUGCCACCUGCCGUGCCCCAGGUGGACCCACGGGGCGGCCUGCUCCAGGGAAUGCGACUGUGACCUGAAGGGCUCCAGCGGGUGUGAUCCCAGAAGGGGGACGUGUCGGUGCAAGGCCGGAUACGGAGGCCCGCGGUGCCAGAGAGAGUGUGAGCCGGGCUCCUUCGGGCCCGGCUGUGAGCAGCGGUGCGAGUGUCCAGGUGGCGGGUCAUGUGACCGGGCGAGCGGGGAGUGCGAGCGGAAAUGUCCGGCAGGACUGCACGGGGACAAGUGCCAACUGGACUGCAGUGCAGGACAGUUUGGGGAGAACUGCGGUCUGAGCUGUGACUGUGGAGGCUCCUCCUGCGAUCCUGUGGCUGGCCUGUGUGACUGUCCUGCUGGGAAGGCAGGCCCGGCCUGUCAGCAAGACUGCCCAGAUGGUUUCUGGGGGUUGAAGUGCCGGUCACUUUGUAGUUCCUGCAAAAACGGCGGCUCCUGCAACAAACAAACUGGGGUCUGUGAUUGUCUACCAGGCUUCGCUAGAACGCUCUGCCAAGACGUGUGUGAGGCUGGCCACUGGGGCCUUGGUUGUGCCAGUAAAUGCCAGUGUGGAGAAAACUCGGUGGGCUGUGACCCUGUAAGCGGUCUGUGUUCGUGUGAUGCUGGCUACACUGGAGACAACUGUGAACAAAUCUUCUGCAAGGGCCUCUUGGGUCAGGAGUAG